GCCAUUGAAGCAGCAGACUUCCAUGCUUUGGAACAUAGAGCUCAACGUUGCUGCUGGCCCAAGUGGAUAUUCUGCUUUAGAAGUUGCCAAUCUGAGAUUGAAUCUCCCAAUCACAUGCCAAAGCUGAAGUCCUUGGAUCUCAACUUUGUCAACUUCCCGGGUAUAGUGUCAGUGUCGGGGUUUUUGAAUGUGCUAGAGUACAUGAAAGGGUGGGAGUUUGAGGUGCUGACGUUAGUAUUCUUGGGCACAUCAUUGGAUGAGGAGAGUUCGUGGGAGGUCUGCAACACUCUAUCCAACAAACACAUCCAAGUGUCGGCUCUAAAACUGCAAUUUCCAGGAAACAUGAGCAUCACGUCUAUGCAGGCACUGGAGCAACACCUAGCCAACAGAACGCCAAGUCACUCCAUCCAUGAUAAAACGCCAACAAGGGAAAGCAUACACGAUAAGCUACGUCAACAAGAAGGGCAGAAGAACCCCAUUUGUCGAGAAGAAUCAGUGAGCGGACCAGAUGAUUUCUUACUUGACCACCUCAGAUCAAAGCGCCAAUCUGCAGCCAAGAGCGGGCAAGAUCUGGACAGCAAUGUUACCAGCGAGAAGAAGCCAACUUUGUUUGACAAACUGCAAUCACAGGAACUCACGGCAAAACCACAGGACAAGUUGGCAGAAGACUAUUUGGUGGAACGAUUGAAACAAAACCAAGCUGGAGGAAAACGGCGAAGGGAAAAAAACAGGAUCCACAUGACCUGUGCCGCAAGGAGUGACAGUCACAGUAGCAGAAAAGAGGAUUGUCAAGAAACAAGCUAA